UUUACAGUUGAAUAAAUUCCAAUAAAGAUACCAGACACCAAUGCCAACAGAUUCGAAAGAAUCUUAAAAAAGAAUAAUAUGAAAUUCGUUGCUUUCAUGCUGUUUGCAUGUUUCAUUGCUGGGAAUGCUCAGAGCUUUGAUGGACGAUGUUAUAAGAAACCUUUAUUGGGAAAUAUCUGCAGAGCCGGUACUAUCCAGUGGUAUUAUCAGAUAAAUCAGAACAGGUGCAAGGAGUUCCUUUGGGGUGGAUGUCGCUUGACCAUUGUCGAAAACCGCUUUGAUACGAGGGAAGAAUGCGUAGAUAGCUGCUCAAUAUAAAUCUACAUAAUUAAUAUUUUUUGAAACAAUUGACAAAUAAUAUGUCAUGUGCACUGGG